UUGUGAUUAAAAUUUAGGCAUCAUACUAACAAAGUCGUGAGUUAAGAUAAUCAAAAGCUAUCCCAGAAUUAUCUUCCUCAUGGUGAUCUUUUGUGCAUAAGACAUUUUUAUUAUCAGAGAGAACAACACGUGUCCUAUUUAUCUCGAAUUAAUUUUUAUGAAGUCUCUCAGCUUCAUUGACUGUUUUAAUGUGAGGUGGGAAUAUUUUAUCAGGUAGCUGUGUGCUUCUAAUUGUGGGAAAAUAUGAAAGAAAAGGUCAGGCUUACAAAUGUGAAAUGGAGGAAGACAUUCAUAUGGCUUCAAAUCCAUUCUGUUUGACAAGCAACACGUCUGCGCAGUGUAGUCAAUAAUAUUAACUUCCCUUCCCACCUUGCAAACUCUCCUUCUUACCCCUACCUUUUAACUCCCUCACUCUCUUUUCUUUCUUUCUGUCCGUCCCUACCCUCUCUUUCUUAUUUUCUCACUCCAACAAAAACACACAGUUGGAAACAUGAGAAAAGGCUGAGGGCUGUAACAUCAGUUAACUUCAAGUAAGAAAUAACAGCAGCUGUACUAUGUGACAUUACUCGAUCUGUGGUGGCAGUGAACUUAAAGCAGACAUAGUAAAGUUUAAUAUAUUGAACAUGAUUAUUUAUUCAUAAACAAGAAUGAUUUUCUAUUUAAGAAAUAACAACAUCUGUACAUAUUUUGUGAUGCAUAUAAUGGUGUACAAAUACAUAGAAUAGCAAGUGAUGUCACAAGACGAUAUGGAAUUAAAACCAUUAGUAGAUAUGACUGAACUUCAGACGUUACGAACAUCAAGCAGCAACUGUGGAUAUUCUAUAAGUGGUCUCCUCAAUUCUCUGUCUGGUGUAACUGGGGAUCCACUUGUUUCAACUACUGUGGGUUUAUUGUCAACAGGACCAAUAGCAGCAUCUUCAGCUUUAAUGGCACCAUUUGGAUCAACCCCUAAACUCAAGGCUUCUGUGACACACUGAUGAUGAAGAUUUUCUGCAUCUGCAUGGUUUGCUACAUAGAGCACCAAUUGUUGAAGGUGCCCCAGAGAUGGUAACCCAAAGGACUGAAUUUGAGGCUUACACAGAUUCUCUCUUGGGAUCAUCAUCAAGCUCAUUAGGGGCUCCCAGUGCAAGUGGUUCAUCUGCUGGUCUCUCAUCAGUUCCCACAGAAACUACAGGACCAAUUAGGCCUGUAAAACGGAAGCAGCGUCGGUACAGGACUACAUUUAGCAAUUUUCAGCUUGAAGAACUAGAACGAGCAUUUCACAAAACCCACUAUCCUGAUGUCUUCUUCCGUGAAGAACUGGCCAUGCGGAUUGACUUGACAGAAGCUAGAGUUCAGGUAUGGUUUCAAAAUCGCCGUGCCAAAUGGAGGAAACAGGAAAAGUUAGCAGCAAAGCAGCAUCAGCAACUAAAUCAGUCACAGCUUGUCCAUGGUUCAUCUCUUGUUCAAGGAAUUAUUUCCAUUCCAGUUACAUCAAGCCCCAGCCUCAGUGUUGAAUCUCCUCUGCUUUCUCCUUCUCAGUCUCUUUCAGGAAUGUCAAGCAAUAAUGUUCCAUUUUCAAUUGGUGGUAGCCCACUUGGCCCAUUCAGCCCUGGAGUUGGACCCAGUCUGCCAACUUCUUCUCCAAGUGCAGGUGGCAUCUUCUUUGGUGUGGAGUGGGGAGGCUUUUCCCCAUACCACCUAUCACAACACAAGUCUACAGAGUCCACUGAACCUGAUGCUGACUUACUGCGGCUUAAACCCUCAAAUAAAGAACAGUCACCUUCAACAUUAUUAACACCUGAAUAAAAAGAUUUGUGUGUUAUGCACUUACUGAAAGAGUAUACCGCAUAGAUGAAUUUGUGAUGACUGAGAUUUAAUGCAUUCACAGCCACAGUAAAAAAGUAUGGUGCCUAUGUUAAACUGCGUUCCUACAAGAAAUAAACAGAUGUUGUGAAAGUAUUUCUUAAGCUGAAAAGAACUCCUUCACACAUGUUCAGCAAAGAAAUUAGUAAAUAUUACCAGUAGCACUUUCAAAAAUGGGAAAAGUUAGUUUAAUCAAAUAUAAUACAUACAUGGAAUCUAGGCAUACUCUCCUUGUGAUUUAUAGCAAAACAUGUUAUUACUGAAAAACUUUCAUCAUACAACACAGUAAAAGAAUGGGUUCACUACAUAUAUGGUCUACUGUGUACAAAUUAUUCAGAGAUGCCUGAGAAGUCAGCAUGGUUUGUGGACAAGACCCAAUAUCAUGUCAUGUGUGUCUAAAAUGUGUCAGUACUCUUAGCCAAAAUUUUCAUAUGAGGCAAUAACUAGAUAACACAUGUGAGUUCUAUGUUGAACAUAAUAAGAUAAUGGUUUCUUUAAAGAUUGUGUUCAUUUCACUUCACUGUGGGAUAUUUGCACAUCAUGAUACUGAUUUCCUUUUUGUAUUAUGCCCCAUUAAUAAUAAACUUGUGUUAACUCCCAGAACAUUAUGUAACUUAGUCACUAAAAUGUUUGCACUACUAUAAAAAUGAAAAUAUGCAGUAAAACAUUUAUAAAGCAAUCCAUGUUUUUAAAUUUCAGCAAGCAAAACUGCAGUGAUGAUGACAAUUUCUUAUGGUUAUAAUUUAGAUAUUAUUUGGGGUUUUCUGAUCUGUCUACCACAAACUUACAGAAAGCCAAUAAAACCAGAGUUGAUGCAUGCCAUUAUGAAAAAAACUGUUAAACAGCCAUUCAGUACUUGUAUUACAAGUAAAAAUAUGUGAUGCAUGGUAAUAUACUUUGUAUGAGGAGAUUUUUAUACAGCAGUGGGAACAUAAACAGAAAUACAACACAAUUUUCCAAAAUUUGUUAUAGGAACCUAUGUAUUCAUAAUGUAGAUAUUGUAUAACUUGAAGUGUUCUCCAGUGUUGUCUAAGUAUUUGCUAAUUCUUCUAGAGAUGUUAUAUUUUUUUCUUUCAUUCAUUGCCCUUUGUACAGGUUCAUUGAUUAUCUUGUGCACCAUUGAAAAAUAGUAGUUCUUAUAAACAGAUAUUCCUUGUGUAUUUCUGGCAGUGAGAUACAGCUGUAAGUGAAAGAAUAAUAAAACGGCAAAGUAAAGAAAA